GAGUUUCCUGGAAAAUAUCUUAUCGAUUCGUGCCCGCGAUAUCACGGAAACACGCCGCAUGUCGGAGGCAGGUGCAUUCGAUCGGCGGAGUCGGUGUGUGUGGGGUCGCAAGGGAUAAAACUUCGAGUUGCAGUUUGCCUGCCUCUCAGGAGCUUCCAAGAGACGUGUCAGCAUGCCGGGAGGCCAGCCGCGCACUGGAAGGCGCAGUGCAGGCGGAAGUGGCAGUGGUGGCAGUUCGAGGAACGAGCUGUGGCACUUGCUGACGGAGUACUGCACGCCGCGACGCGACUGCGGCGUCACUCUUCCCUCCGGACCCUGCGGACGAAUCCACGUCAAAGACAAGCGCGUCCAGAUCAUCGUAGAGCGACGAGAAUACUUGCAAGGCAGCAUUUGUUCGGACAAGGACUGUGAAACGACUGCAGAAAAAGUCUUUUACAAACAUCCAGAAAAAAGAAAAGCCUUCUUGGAAGACGGAAGGUUUUGGGGACAAACAAAUCCUGCUCUUGUAGCCAAAAUUGAAAAAGCCUUUACAGACUUAGUAGAUGAGUUUGCAAGCACAGUCAAACCAGGCAAGGAGGAAAAUACGGAAGAUCUGCCUGUGCUUUAUGAAUCAUGCUGCGCGGGUCACUGCGAUGAUCUUAUCUAUUUGUUUGAGUUUGGAAAAAUUAGAGCUCUUGAUCGUUACUCAAAGGAAGAAUUUUCUGAAGUCAUGAGUUGCUACCAUGGUGGCCAAUUUGUCGGGCACCAUAUGUCUUUCUUUAUGCAUCAUAUAGUCCAUUUCUUCAUAGGAACAAAGUUGUUAUUGUACAAUAACGUUGAAAAGGCCCCUAAAUUGGACCGAAUGUACAAUCGUGCUUGUGAUGGUCAAACGUUCCUGCCUUAUCAGCGAAAAAACUUGCAUUUGUGGAUGAAAGAUUUGGACGUAACGACAGAAAUGUGCAAAGCAGCCUUCCGCUGCAUUUACCUCUAUGUUUAUUGGCGACGGAAAUUUGAACCCUACUACGACAUAGAAACUGAUCGUAUUUUAGAAUUAGGGAAUGGGGAGCGCAUUGACUUCUGGUGUUUUUAGCUCCUCUUGAAUCACACACAGGUGGUACAUGCCAGCCCUAGUUGGCGGCCAUAGGAUUGCAUGGUUGAUGCCAGUUGAUGUUUGGAUCGUUUGUUGCAUGAAUCGCGGCACGAAUAUUUCCCAUCCUAAUGUUAACCAAAAGGCGGUGGUACUUCAGCUCAAUCAUUAACGGAGAUGUGUGUCUGCCACCUUCUCUCUCUCUCUCUCUCUCUCUCUCUCUCUCUCUCUCUCUCUCUCUCUCUCUCUCUCUCUCGCAAAUUGGUAUGAUUUGUACGCACGGACAUGAAUGUACGGACGGUUGUAAAAAUUCUAGCGGCGUUGAAUGAAUCAGUAUGAUAACUGUAAAUAUAAGAAAUAAAAGCGUUUUUCAAAUUUGAAGUCCAA